UCGUCUUUAGAUUAGGUUUUCGAUUGGUUUGUUCUUGACAAAAAUAUUUACUCGACGUUUAGUAGGUUUAUUUAUUUAUUAUAUUAUUUAUUUAUUUAUUUAUUUAUUCAUUUCGGAAAUAUGAACAUGAAUCUCAUUAUUAUAAAUUACCCGAUUGGACUAGACCCAGAAUUAUUAUAAUAUUUGUUCGACCAAUACGCUCAGAAGAAGAUAAAGUAGUAUAGUCACCGCACGUGUGUUCGUACUGCUUUUAACUUUUCGCCUCCAAAUUUAAGUCUGUACAAUAAAAGGCCAAAUAUAAUGCUUAUGACUUUAAACAGUCGUCUUGUUCGAGUAGGACUGGUGAUACUGACUGUCGUCGUUUCAUUCUUGGUGGUAUACGACCAUCAGGAAUCCUCUGAGCACAACUCUGCCAACAGAAUCUCCGACAAGGAAUUAGGAUGUCCACCGUCAAGCAUGUUGAUAGCUGUCUCGUUCAACGAGGUCGGAAACUCAUCAUACGUCGAACCAUUCACACAAUUUCAAUCAAAACCUUGCAUUUUUUUAGUAGUACUGAUAAUACUGACAGCCAUAGUUUCGUUCUUAGUCUUAUAUCCAGAAUCACAUGUCACCGACCACAAAAUCGAUGAUCCGGAAUUUCAAGUACCACUGCAGUCGAAUAUGACGGCGGGGUUGUACAAUAAAGUUGGAAUCGUAUGCAACGGUGGCCCGUGUUCACAAAUCGGAGUGGAUGUUAUGUCAAAGGGUGGAAAUGCCGUAGAUGCCGCUAUAGCUACAAUGCUAUGUGAUGGUGUUCUAUGUCCAGAAUACUUGGGAAUUGGUGGAGGUUUUUUAAUGAGCAUAUACAAUGCAACAACCAAAAAAGUAAUCACGAUCAAUGCACGCGAAACAGCUCCAGCAGCAGCAAGUACUUCAAUGUUUGUUACAAACCCCGAAAAAUCUAUUUACGGAGGAUUGGCAAUUGCGGUUCCAGGUGCUUUAAAAGGCUACUCGGCUAUAUAUAACUUAUACGGUGGCGGUGUUCCAUGGGAAUCGUUAUUCGAGCCAGCUAUACAACUAUGCGAAAACGGCAUAGAUAUCAGUGAACGUCUAGAGACAAACAUGAAGAAUAACCAAGACAUGAUUAAAAAUGACCCAUCGCUAAGAGAAUUGUUCUACGAUGAAGAAUCUAGUGGUGUAAAGACUCCUGGACAAAUUUACAAAUUACCUAAAUUAGCAGAAACACUGAGAAUAAUAGCGAAAGAAGGCGUGGAUGCCAUUUAUAAUGGUUCGUUGACGUCUCUAGUUUUAGAAGACUUAAAAAAAGUAAAAAGUAUAAUAACCAAAGAACAUUUGGCUAAUUAUGAAUGUCAUGUUAUCAGUGUUGAAAUCGAAGAAUCUUUUCCCGUUAAAUUGAAAAGUGGACACACAAUACAUACGGGACCACCACCUAGUUCUGGUAUAAUAUUGGCCUACAUACUCCGUGUGUUGGACGGCAUGUUACCAGCACCCAACGCAGGCUUGGACGCUCAUCGAUUGGAAUUGCAAAGAAGGUUAGAUCAAAAGCUAGGAAAGCCAGGCAGCUACCUGGCAGGAAUUGAUCACUCAGGCAAUGUUAAGCCUAUGACAAUUGGUGCUCGUUUGUAUAGGCUAGAACAGCAGCUAUCCAUUAUGGACAAGAAGCUGGACCAGUUGGUGUACCUUUUAAAAGUCCAGACGCACAGACAACAGUUUCCGGCCUUAGAAGAACAAGUUUAAACGUUUUAAACAACUAUCAAAACGUCUCCUUUUCAUAGAUCACCCGACCAAUGUUAUUAUUUUAUUAAGGAUCAAAAUAAAUUUCAUACAGUCACGCAAAAUUAAUGUACACACAUAUCCGUUUGACUUAUAAUAAGCUUUAUUUGGUAACUUUAUCCUUUCGAUGACGUGGACCACAUUAUUGGUUGUUGAAUGACAAAAACUAACAUAAUAAAUAAUAAUAAUAAUAAUAAUAACAAUAAUAAUACUAUUUAGACGAAAAUUAAUAUUUUUAUGAGAACCCUUGUCUGAAGCAUCUUAAGAAGGAACCUAAUUUUAGGCUAAUGCACAAUAAAAUUUAAUAUAAUACAUUAUUAUUAAAUAUAAUUAUCGUUGAAUAAAUCUAAAACACUAUUUUUCUAUGUCUAUUUAAUACAAAAAACCAUACUUGAAUUAAUAUUAUAAAUAUAUUUAAUUAUUCUAACAAUAAAAUGUUACAAUAUGCUUUGUCAGUAAUUUAGUGUAAAUCACUUAAUAUCUCUCGUAAACACUUUAAUAUAAAAUUGAUUUUAGUUAUUAGUUUCUUUUAUAUAACAACUGGUGAUUUCUUUAGGCUUAAUUAAUUCGAAUUUUAUACAUUCUUAGGGUUACGAGUACAUGGAUAUUAUUAUAUUAAUAUGUUGUAGUUGGUAAAAACAAAUUGAGCUUAUAGAUGUUAGAAAUAGUUUUAAUCAAAUAAUCUGUUAUUUAUUGAAAUUAUAUUUAUUUAUGUGGCAGAGCGUAAACAUUCUUCAAGAUUUAUUUUACUUUAUUUGAUAGUGAUUUGAAAAAGCAAUAAUUAAAAACAUUUACUCGGUGUUCAAACGAAGAAUAAUAAUAACGACGAAUCCAAACCCUUAAUAUAAUCAACAUCCACCCAGUUUGUUUUUAUUUUACAUUUUGAAAUCGAUAAGUUUCAGAAACUCAUUUCAUUUAUAUGAAAUAUAUUUUCUUAUUUUAAUCUGUAAACCGUAUCCCUGAAAGUUUUCCGGCGCGCACAGUGACCAAAAUUAGUUUGAAAAUUAAACAAUCAAAUAUAAGACUAAAAUAAAAACAUAUUAUUUUUCAUAAUAGAAUACUUUUUUUUUCUUUUUCUUUUUUUAUUGGGACCAAUAAACUCCGAUAACAAGGAUAAUUUUAAAACGUUAUAAUAUCAAAAAAUUCUAAAAAAAACAUGUAUAAUAAUUAUUAUAAUAAAAGAUAAAAUUGAGUGUACCGUUUUAUUAUGUAUGUGGAAAAAUAUGUUCUCAUUUCAUUCGAACACCAAUAAUGUCACAUAGUUUUAAUCAACUAUUUUAUUAGAUUGUAUAUUAUACAAAUUACAAGUUACUAAAAAAUAGAUUUUUAAUCUAAAAAAUAAAAACAAUAAUUAAAACUUUAUCUAGCUUAAUCUGUCAAUGUUGACAAAUAAGAAGCUGACAUUAAAUUUUUCUUCACAAAUACUAAAUUAAAAAGUAAUCUUCAUGUGUAUAGGUACUUAUAACUGUUUUUUCAACGUUAUCAUUUACAAUUAUCGUUAACGUUCAAUUACGAAUCGGAAUGAAUAAUAAUUUUUCUGUAGGAAUAUUUAAUUUAAUAUACUGUUUAUAACCUAUUAUGUUUGUGUGGGCUGAAACAAGGGACAAUAGGAUUUAACUUUUUUAACUAUUAUUAUUUUACAUAACUGUUUUUUUAAUUUUAUAUUUUAUAUAUAAUAAAAUCGUUAACGUUUAGUACCUACCUAUAUACUUAGUUGUUUCUGAUAUUUUUAUUCAAACAAAUAUUUCAUCAAACAUAAUAUGGUCUAUAACUUCUUAAAUUUUCUUAAUUCAAUCGUAUACUAUAUAGGUAUUAAAAUAGAUACUUAAAACUGUUUGCAAAUACAUUUAUAGUUAUUGAAGUUACUUCACAGUAAGUACAUUGCGUUUUAAGCUGAGUACUUACAGGAAAAAAAUUUAUAUGAACACGAUUACAAGUCACGGUUUUCACAUUUUAUUUUUAUCUUUUUUUUCUCAAAAUAUUUUCUCGUGGAUUAGAUAUGAAAAAAAUCCAUGCAUUUUUUG